AUUUGGUAAAUAAGUGAAGCUCUUCACUCUUUUAUUUUGAAAGACCACUUCGUUUUAAAGAAACUGAAUAGCACUUUAAGAUAAACAUGUAGGUUAAGAUUGCUACAGUUAUAUUGACUUUUCAGCAUUUAAAUUUAUCUUUACAUUUUUAGUUAUGAAUAUUUAGUCAGUAGUGUCACAUAAGAUGUUUUUUCAAUUGCGGCUAGUUAGAGUUUAUUUUGAAAUUCAAAACCGGAAAUCUCGCGAGGUGUCACCACGGACUUGACGCACGUUCCAACAAACACACACCGUCUCCUGUGAACAUGGCGGCAACUUGACCACGGCCGCGAUGUGAAGACGGUGAGGGCUCGGCGAAAAGAACAAGACGUCUGUUACAGGCUGAAGGCCCAUCCGCCAACACAAUAGACGGACUCUUUUCGCCAUGUUGGAAGACGAUAGCGCCCUUGUCCGCGCGCGACCGAGGCCGGGGAAAACGUAAGCGCGUCGGUCGGUGAGUGUUUCUAAAAACGGAGUCGAGGCUACGCAGAGGAGCGGAGCUGAGCGGAGCGGCGCCGCGCAGGAAGCUCAGGGCGGACGGGGAGGACAGCCAUGCAGAAUGCGGCCCGUGGUCGCCUGCGUCUGAUUUCCCAGCCGGCCCACGCUCCCGUUGAUGGGAAUUACCGCUGAUUGCGAAGGCACGCCGGGACAAGCUCGACUCUUGAGGGGAGGAAAACGCAAUCGACUCCCGACGUCAAUGACUGUUGCGGCAGAGGAGCCCCCACGGUGGAGUCGGCCGGUUCCCAAAAUAUGACCAGGGGUGCUGGGACGUGUUGGCAGCAAGAUGACGACGACGGCUUCCAAAUCUGGCUAGAGCCCCCCCGCAACAACCAAAAGCCAUUCACCGACUCAGAGAGGGCGCAGAGAUGGCGACUGUCCUUGGCAUCCCUCUUGUUCUUAACCAUCCUCCUCUCUGAUCACCUGUGGUUCUGCGCCGAGGCCAAGCUGGCCCGGACCCCGGACAAGUUCGCGUCCUCCCACCUCCGCUCCCCUCAGACCCCCUCAGCACACAGCAGCCUCAGAGGAAACCCACGCGCUAUUUUUCUAGGAAACUCUACCAAACAUUUGUGGCGACUCGAAACUUGCCAGCAGGACACUUUGUCCGGCGACUGCUUCACGUUGGCGGAUGCGGACGAGCUUUGCCGGGGCCUCUCGGACCGAGACGGGACGCGGGCCGUGAACAUGAGCGAUUUGUACCUGUCCUUUUGUAACUCCUACUCCCUGCUGGAUUUGUUCCGCGGCUCCACGAGUCCGGACAAUUUGAACUGCAGCCUCGACGCGCUCUCCGAGGGCGACGCGAGCCGAUGCAGCGAGUGCGUCCAGGCGUACCAGCGCUACGACCAGCACGCGCAGGAGAAAUACGAAGACUUUGAGCUCCUGACUCUCAAAUACGAGCCGGGGGAAUAUUCAGUGAGGACGUGCAUGGAGCAGUGCAAGAUGGCCUACAAGCCCUGGCUCUGUGCUCAGUAUUUUCCCAGCAUUCAGCAGUCGUGUCAGAGAAAGAGACCAUGCCACCAGUACUGCCUGGAGGUCCAGCAGAGCUGCCCGUUCAUCCUGCCCGACAACGAUGACCUGAUCCACGGCGGGAACCCCAGCUUCAUCUGCACAGGGCUCUUGGGAGAUCAUCCAUCAGACAGUGAGGCGGAGUGCUGCGACGUCCGAUGGGACACCAAAAUGGACAGUCCUUCAGGCAGCACACUUAAAAAGACUGUUUCUUCCUGCCAGCCCGAGGGGGCUUCGGCUACUUCCGCUGCCACCCAGAGACUGUGCAGCGGGCGACUGAAGAUCUGCCUGCUCGCCCUUGUCCUCUUACACACUGUCAUCAUCAUUUCAGCCUCCCAUAAUUCUACGUUGCUGAACGUGGCUGCGAUCUUCUCGCCAGAGGAGGGCACGUCAAACGAAGAGUGAACCUCGGGGUUGAAUUUGAGGCUGGAGCUUACCAAGAGUGGCGGCACCAAAGCAUGGUUAUGGCUGGCUGGGAUAAUCCGCUGGAGAUGUCACUACAAUCUGCUGCCAAUUAACCACCCAUCACAGGAAGUGGGAGGUUUUGAGCGGGAGCUAAGGGUGCUGGGACUACGCGACCAAUGUUUUAGGACCAUCCUCAUUAAAGAACUGACCUCUUGCCACUUGAAAACUGCUCAUUGUUUCCACCCCAUCCAAUGUUUUCUAGCAUAUCGUCCUUCUUUUCCAUCCCGUCCUUCCUUCCCUUCCUCCAGCCUUCCCCUCCCUGUUUUUAGAGUCUGGAUGGGUGGCAUGUCAGAGAGAGAGAGUGGACAUUGAUGACGUGUGCAUGCCAACUUGUCAUUACCUUUAGAUUUUUGCUGCAAUUUCUUUUUUCCAGGUGCCAGAAUAUUUUGACAUAUCGACUGUGUUCCACAUCCUACUCUUCAUCACCUUAGAGGCGUCUUCUUUAGUACGUUGUAUGUGAUGUUGCUUGAGGGCCUGACAGUAUCAGCUCAUCUUUCACUUGGUUGUGGGUCUUGCUUUUCUGAAAACAAAAUGUGUGUGAUUCUUCCGUGUCCUGACGUUCAGCUUGAUUUUUUUUUCCUACUGGACCUUUUCUGAACCCCUUAACGACGGUACAUGCCUAAGCAUUUUAGGACCUUAAGUGCUCUACUCCACCUUGUUCAUCCAUUGAGCAAGUUGGGAGUGAGGUGGAAAAGGUGGUGACAGUUCAGCUAUCAACACUUUCAGGGUGUUGCAGGAGUCAAUACCAAGCUUAGUCACAGUGCAGUGCUCUUUGAUGGGAAAAGGCAAUUUCUGGUGUUUAUAAAACGUUCGGUUUACCUCAUACGGUGGUUUGGCUCGUCUUAACAGCACUGCAGAUAUAAGGACUUGGAUGUAAGACCGAAGGAACAACCCGGGAAUGCCAGAGUUGCAAAAAGACAGAUCACUGGGGAUCUCAUUCAUUACCUGUGUGUAAUCUGGUCUCCACACAAAGAAUUCAGAUUACCAAGUUUAUGUAAAUUAUUGGAUGCUUCGUGGGUCUAGUUGAGGUGCUCCUUGGAUAGAAUAGAGGUAAACUAGAAGGUCAAAUAGGCUCCAGGGUACAAUCUUACUUGUAGAAGUCAAACUAGAAUAGAAGAGGAAACCCAUUUUGUCUCGUAUGCCAAAACGUUAAUGUCUUUAACUGGUCUUUGUUAAUGCCAUGGAAAUAACUGUGAAUCAUUUUAGUAGAGUGCACCUUGGAGUCCUUACGUAUUUCUAAAGAAAUCCAAGUUCCUAGAUGUCCUAGACAUUCCUAGACAUCCUAACUGAGCCUGCAACCUUGUUGGACUAGUUUUAAGCCUUGUUUAGCCUUUCCUUUAGAGGGUUUGUAGGCCACAAUUGAAUGAACCAACAAGUCUCAACGGUGGUUGCAGAACAUAGGAACAUUUUAAUGUCUCUUACAAGUACUGGAUUCAAGAUGCCAUUUUCUGUGGCCGGUUACAUUUACCCAUAAAGGCUGAUCUACUCCGGUCUUGCAACUCUUCCUAGUGAUGAAGGUUGUUAAAAAGACACAACUGUCUUUGGUAAAACCUUGAGGACAAGUUCUUAACAAGUCUUUAGCCUCUUAACACCAAACCAAAUCUCAGGGAAAUUGACUAAAUGUGUGAACUUACCAAGGGAAGCAAACCAGUGAAAGGAAAGUGGCCGUGAAAGCUUUGUGAAACUCCCUGUUGAAUUUGAUGACAUUGAUUUAUAGAAUCCAAUAUCUUUGGGUGGCUUUAGCUCUACUGCCUUUUGCUUGUUAAGUAACUUAACCAAUCAGAAAGCUUCAGUACUAAAAGGUCACAAAACUCCUUCAAAUACCCUGUAAGACUAAGAUCAACUUGGAAUUUAGUUUGGAACCAUUUGCUAUUGUUGAGUACAAGAACCUCAAAUGUUGCUAGUCAUGAAAAAGUUUUUUGUUUGAUGAAUGAGAUUCCUGGGGUCUUUGAGUGCCUCUUGACUGUGUAAAAAUAGUGAGGCCAGUAAGGCAAUCCUGGGUUGUCUCCUGCUUUUCGUCAUGUUCACUUAAAUGGCUUGGCUCUUUCGUAUCUCAGAGUUGGUGCAAGUGACCAAUCAAUCAAUCAAACCACUAACUCUUAAAUCACCAACAAGCUGAUCGAUUGCUGUCUUAAAAGGACUAGCAAAGAGUCAGCAUGCGAGGAGUGUGUGGAGUUUUAAGGGCUUAUCCAUUAGAUUAGUUUCGUCUUUUCUUUUUUUUUUUUUACUUUCUUUCAUGGUUCCUGCUGUUGGGUCAUUGCUACUUUUUUAUUCAAGAGAUAGGACAAAAAAGAUAUUAGACUGAAGCUUGAAAGUGAGUUAAAGGAUUAAGUUCAAUCUUUCCUUUUUUUAUUUUUUCUAACGAUGAGCUAAAAACGGACUGAUGUGUGUGGUGGUAAAAAAAAAAUGACAUCGUACCAGUGCCCUUCCACUCCCCAGUUGACCUUGCCUCGACUCCCAUAACAACUGGUAAUUUGCUUUUUCCCUACAUUGAAGUCACAUAAAAAGAAGAGUUUUAGCUCCCAACCCAAUUUUUUUGCCCGUUUGUUUUCCAUAAUCCUGCACCAAGUGCUUCUUUCUCACAUUUGUUUCUAAACUAAAAUAAUAUGAUGAGAACAACGUUCCCCUGCAGACAGCAUCAAAUGUGCUCGGCCCACACUUUUGGCUCCGUUCCCUCGAUUCUUCGCUGAUUGAGUCCUGUGGAUCUAUGCAGAUGAACCCCGCCUCAAACUGUCACAUUUCCUAAGACACUGUUGCCGCCACCACGACCCUUUACCCCCUUUUUGUCCUUUCUGCUGUAAAUAUGUCCUGAGGGUGUGGGAUCCCCUAAACCUUCCCCCAAUCAACCUGUUCUGCCCCAAUCCAACCCCUGUUUCAAUCUCACUGUGUUUUUUUUUUUUUUGUUUGUUUGCCUUCUUUGUUUUCUGUCCUUUUUGAAAUUUCGGCCACAUUUUAUGUUGUCUAAAGCCGUGGUGUGAGUUAAUGAGUAGGACUAAGUUGGAUGUUCAAAGAGAUGACAAAGAGGUCUUAAAAUAUAUUUAUAUCUAUAUCUAUAUAUAAAAUACAAAGCUUGAACUGAGAAAAGGGUACAAAUAUAGAGAAAAAAACAAUGAUAAAGUUGUCAUAUUGUCAUUCUAGAGAUGCUUUAGUUUGCUAUUUUACUUUCUUUUUUUUCUACAAAAGACUUGGAUGAAAUUAUUUAUAAAAUGCGUCCCACAAGUCAUGAUCUUUUUUGGACGUGAAACAAAUACAUUUAUUAACAUUUUGUUCAAAAGAAAAUAAAUAUAAAUUAUGUUAAACA